GCAUUUAAGAAGGAGCACUUCUCCAUGUUGAACAAGAUACUCGUCAUGCAACACAACAUGGAGGAGAUGUUGGUGGAUCUCAAAAGAUCCACCGGUGCUCCUUCAAGAGAGCCACUGCCGGAGGGAGCACCUCAGCUACCCUUAAAAGCUGAGGUUGAGGUACAGCAGCUGGAGCAGUGGCUUUUGGAUAAAGCAAAUAAGUGUUCCCUUAUAAAUUAUUUGGCCCUUGUAGGAGGGAAGAAUGUUGAAAAAGCUACCAGAAACAUAAUGGGGCAAUUUUUUUCAAAAGAUGUUGCCCCAUCUUUCAAUUGGUUGGACGAGGAGACAAGAUGGCCUUUUCCACCCUCGCGGUUAAGGAUGUUGUUGUUAAUGCUGCUCUCAAAGGAGCAGGUCAACACCGUCAGCAUGGUGGAGGAGGCCAUUAAAAUGUGGCUGAAGGCAGCGAAAUGCUGACAAAAAAAUUAAUCUGUUUAAAGAAAUAAAUUUUAUUUAUUUAUUAUUUUUAUUCUGUAUUUAUCUGUAUAAAAAAAUAAAUUUCUGUAUAAAAAAUAAUUGAGUGUUCACUUCUUUUACUAAUUCUAAAACUUUGUUUUGAAAUUAAGUUAAUCUAAUUCUAAUGGUAUGUCUAAUUAUUAGUUUAUA